UUCCCGACCGUGUCUCUUUUCCAGCCGCUUCCCUUGCGGCUCUCCCGGGGCAGGGCCAGGCCUGGCGGCGGCGCGGCUGCGUCCUUGCGAACAUCGCGCGUACGGCCGCUUGCGUGGGGCGGGCUCCCGUGCCCACAACCGGCAUGGCGGCCGUCGGCUUCGGCACCGCUCCGGUUUUGUCCGCUGUCAGGGAGCGAGCUUUCGGCAGCCCGUACUCGGCAUGGCCGCCAAGGGGGCUCGGCAGCGGCCGCGAGCUGCAGGUGGCGGUGAGUCCGCCCGGUCGCGGUCGGAGGCCGCAGGCGCGGAUGAGGCCCGGCUGGAGCCAUCUGGGAGCAAAGCAGGACAAGUUUGGGCCCCUGAAGGUUCAACAGCUUUCAAGUGUCUCAUUUCCGCCAGGUUCUGUGCUGCUCUCUUAAGCAACAUCUCUGACUGUGAUGAGACGUUUAACUAUUGGGAACCAACACACUACCUCAUUUAUGGGAAGGGGUUUCAGACAUGGGAAUACUCUCCAGCCUAUGCCAUCCGCUCCUAUGCUUACCUAUGGCUUCAUGCCUUACCAGCCCUGUUCCACGCUAGAGUCCUACAGACUAACAAGGUUCUUAUCUUCUAUUUCCUCCGAUGCUUCCUGGCUUUCCUGAGCUGUGUUUGUGAACUCUAUUUCUACAAGGCUGUGUGCAAGAAGUUUGGGCUACAUGUGAGCAGGCUGAUGUUGGCUUUUUUAGUACUCAGCACUGGGAUGUUUUGCUCAUCUGCAGCUUUUCUCCCAAGCAGUUUCUGCAUGUACACCACGGUGGUUGCCAUGACUGGCUGGUAUAUGGACAAGACCUCUGUAGCAGUGCUGGGGGUGGCUGCUGGAGCCCUUCUGGGCUGGCCCUUCAGUGCAGCUCUUGGCCUUCCUAUUGCCUUUGACUUGCUGAUACUGAAGCAGAAGUGGAAGAGUUUCCUAAACUGGUGUGUGGUGUCAUUGAUCCUCUUUUUGGUGCCCUUGGUAGUUGUGGACAGCUAUUACUAUGGGAAGCUGGUAGUUGCGCCUCUGAACAUUGUUUUAUACAAUGUCUUCACUUCUCACGGACCUGAUCUCUAUGGUACAGAACCCUGGUCCUUCUAUUUCAUCAAUGGCUUUCUGAAUUUCAAUGUGGCAUUUGUUUUGGCUCUGCUUGUGCUGCCACUGACUUGUCUCAUGGAGUGUCUGCUUCAGAAAUUUCAUGUUCAGAAUCUGGGCCGUCCCUACUGGCUGACACUAGCUCCUAUGUACAUUUGGAUCAUGAUUUUCUUCAGUCAGGCCCACAAAGAAGAGAGGUUUCUUUUCCCCAUCUACCCCCUCAUCUGUCUCUGUGGUGCAGUGGCUCUUUCUGCUCUUCAAAAGUGCUACCACUUCAUAUUCCAGCGCUACCGCCUGGAGCACUACACAGUCUCUUCCAACUGGCUGGCUCUGGGCACCGUCUUUCUCUUUGGCCUUUUGUCGUUGUCACGCUCUGUUGCCUUAUUCAGAGGCUACCAUGGGCCCCUGGACCUGUACCCAGAGUUUCAUCGGAUUGCUACUGACCCAAGUAUUCACACUGUGCCAGAGGGGAGACCAGUUAAUGUCUGUGUGGGAAAGGAGUGGCACAGAUUCCCAAGCAGCUUUCUUCUGCCAGAGAAUUGGCAGCUCCAGUUCAUCGUGUCAGAAUUCAGGGGCCAGUUACCAAAGCCAUUUGCCAAGGGACCAAUGGCCACACGGAUCAUUCCCACUGACAUGAACGACCAAAACAAGGAAGAGCCAUCUCGAUAUAUUGAUAUUUCCAAAUGUCACUAUCUAGUGGACUUGGAUACAGCAGCUGAAACCCCAAGGGAGCCAAGAUAUUCCUCCAAUAAGGAAGAGUGGGUAACCAUUGCCUACAAGCCGUUCCUAGAUGCUUCCAGGUCCUCGAGGCUGCUGCGUGCGUUCUACAUCCCCGUGCUCUCAGAACAGUACACCCGGUAUGCCAACUACACUAUCCUGAAAUCCCGGAGGUCCAAGCAAACCAGGAAGAAAGUGGAAGGCUAGCAACACACCUGGGUAACAAACCCCAAAGCAUCUGCUGACACUCUUGGACAGCUGCCUAAGCCAUCUUCAGUUCCCUUUUUGAAGGACUGUGCUUGUAAGAUUCACUAAUAAAGAUUUCCCAUGAAGUGAGUUCUCUCUGCAAGCUUCCAGCUGUAAAA